UAUUGCACUGAUCUUUUGUUUUCAGCUGAAACCGACACUCACUAACAGUCGUACAAACGCUAAAAGAAAUUAGUUUUUUCUUCUUCUUUUGACUCGCAGCUGAACAUCUAAACGGAUGAUAGUCGAUAUUUGUUCCAGCUGAACAGAAAAACAAAGUCUGGAGAUGCCACGGCCAGUGGUUCUGUGCAAGUGAUGGGUAAAAUCAUGAUACCUGCAGCUGCUGUUCUGAUGAACCCCACCCUGCAGAAACAGGCCCCACCCCCUGAGCAGCACAACUCGCCCCAACAGCACAGAAAGCCACACAAACAGUUUAGAAAACGAGGCCAUAAUAAGGGCCGACGUCAGAUCACAGAAGAGGUCAUGUUUCCAGGAAAGGCUAGAUCUACCAGAACGUUUCCUCAAUCUGGAGAUGCCACAGCUUGUGGUUCUGUGCAAGUGAAGGGUAAAAUCUUGACCCCUGCAGCUGCUGUUCCAGUGACCACCGUUCCUGUUAUGAUGAACCCCGCCCACCAGCAACAAGCCCCACCCCCUGGGCAGCACGACUCGUUGCAACAGCACAAAAGCCCACACAAACAGUCUGUAUCUACGAAGCUCAAGGCAAAACCAGAGCUGGUGCCUGAACCUGAGGCAGCUGACAUUCAGGAUGUCAAUACAAAAUCAUCUGCUCCUGAAAAAGAGGAGACAAAGGACCACAGAGUGGAGGAAGAACUCGCUAUUGCUAAAGAGACAACUGUUCUGUCAAUGCCAAUGCAGAAAAUUGAUCUGAAUAGUAAAGUGGCCAAACAGAUGUUGGAUGCCUGUAAAGAGUUUCUUUCAUUGUCUUGUCCAUCUGGAUAUGCCCCGACCAGUGGUUCUGAGCAAACGAAAGGUAAAAUCAGGACCCCUGCAGCUGCUUUUCCAGUGAGCACCGUGCCUGUUAUGAUGAACCAGGCUCAUCAGCAACAGGCGCUACUUCCUAAACAGCAAGCACCACCUCGACCAGACAGAAGGCCACGUAAGCAGAUUAUAAUACGAGACCCUGCUGCGGGAGGGCGUGACGUCACGGAAGAGAUUAUGUCUGGAAGAAUGACCAGAUCUACACCUCCUCAUGGUGUAGCUCCCACGGACAGCUGUUCUAUUCAGACGCAGGGUGAAAGCCUGACUUCUCCAGCUGCUGUUCCAGUACAACUGAGCUAUGUGCUCCCAGGAACAGCAGCCAAUAAGGAGACAGGUUUUCUUGAGGUCACACCCACCCCUGCAGCCAUAGCCACAGCUGUUACUGAUCCUGAGUGCAUCCCUGUGGCCCGAGAUCCGCUACUGGAGCUCAGAGAACAGGACGAAAAAGUAGAUGCAGUAUUGGAGCAAAUAACUGAACCUGUGGUGACUAAGGUUCAGGAAAUCAGUGCUAAAACAUCUAUUCCUGCAGAAGAGAAGAAUGAGGAUGGAAGAGUGGAGGAAAAGCCUGCUCCAACUCAGGAGACAACUAUGAUGCAGCCUGUUCUGUCCAUGCCAAUGCAGAAGAUUGACCUGAAUAGUAAAGUAGCCAGGCAGAUGUUGGACACCUGUAAAGAGUUUCUUUACCUCUCUUGUCUGUCUGGAUAUGCCCCGGUCAGUGGUUCUGUGCAAACGAAGGGUAAAAUCAGGACCCCUGCAGCUGCUUUCCCAGUGACCACCGUGCCCGUUUUGAUGAACCCCACCUACCUGCAACAGGCCCCACCCCCCGGGCAGCUAGCACCGCCCUGGCACUACAGAAGACCAUGCAAGCAGAUUAUAAUACGAGACCCUGCUGCUGGAGGGCGUGACAUCACGGAAGAGGUCAUGUCUGGAAGAAUGACCACAUUUACAUGUACGCCUCCUCAAGAUGUAGCUCCCAAGGUCAGCUGUUCUGUUCAGACGCAGGGUGAAACCCUGACUCCUCCAGCUGCUGUUCCAGUGCAACUGAGCUAUGCGCUCCCAGGAACAGCAGCCAAUGAGGAGACAGGUUUUCCUGAGGCCACACCCACCCCUGCAGCCACAGUCAUGGCCGUUUCUGACCGUGAGUGCGUCCCAAUGGUCAGCGGUCUGCCUCAGGAGUCCAGACAGCAGAAUGAAAAAGUUGAUGCAGAACUGGAGCCGAUAGCGGAACCUGUGGUGGCUGAGGUUCAGCAAAUCAGUGUCAAAACAUCUGGUCCUGCAGAUAAGGAGAAGGAGGUUGGAAGAGUAAAGGAAGAGCCCGCUCUAACUCAGUGGACAACUAUGCAACCUGUUCUGGCCAUGCCAAGGCCAAAAAUUGAUCUGAAUAUUAAAGGGGCCAGACAGAUGUUGGGCACCCAAAAAGAGUUUCUUUACCUCUCUUGUCCGUCUGGAUAUGCCCCAGUCAGUGGUUCUGUGCAAACGAAGGGUAAAAUCAGGACCCCUUCAGCUGCUCUUCCAGUGACUGCUGUGCCUGUUAAGAUUAACCCCGCCCACCAGCAACAGACCCCACCACUUGAGCAGCAAGCACCGCCCUGGCACUACAGAAGGCCCCACAAGCAGAUUAGAAUACAAGACCCUGCUGCAGGAGGGCGUGACAUCACGGAAGAGAUCAUGUCUGGCAAGAUGACCACAUCUACACGUACACCUCCCCAUGAUGUAGCUCCCAAGGUCAGCUGUUCUGUUCAGAUGCAGGGUGAAAUCCUGGCUCCUCCAGCUGCUGUUCCAGUUCAAUUGGGCUAUGCACUCCCAGGAACAGCAGCCAAUAAGGAGACAGUUUUUCACGUGACCACACCCACACGUGCAGCCACUGUCACGGCUGUUUCUGAGCUUAAGUGCGUCCCAGCACCAAACUUUGAUGCAGAACUGGAGCCGAUAACUGUACCUGUGGUGGCUGAGGUUCAGGAAAUGAGUGCCAAAACAUCUGCUUCUGCAGAAGAGGAAAAUGAAGAUGGAAGAGUAGAGGAAAAGGCCGCUCCAGCUCAGGGGACAACUAUGCAGCCUGUUCUGUCUGUGCAAAAGAAGAAAAUUGGUAUGAAUAAUAAAGUGGCCAGACAGGUGUUGGACGCUUGUAAAGAGAUUAGAAUACGAAACCCUUGUGCGGGAGGGCGUGACAUCACGGAGGAGAUCAUGUCUGGAAGAAUGACCACAUCUACACGUACGCCUCCUGAUGAUAUAGCCCUCAAGGUCAGCUGUUCUGUUCAGACGCAGGGUGAAAGCCUGACUCCUCCAGCUGCUGUCCCAGUGCAACCGAGCUAUGCGCUCCCAGGAACAGCAGCCAAUAAGGAGACGGGUUUUCAUGAGGUCACACCCACCCCUGCAGCCACAGUCAUGGCCGUUUCUGAGCUUGACUGCAUCCCAGUGGCCAGAGGUCUGUUACUGGAGCCCAGUGAGCAGGAUGAAAAAGUUGAUGCAGAACUGGAGCCAAUAACUGAUACUGUGGUGGCUAAGGUUCAGAAAAUCAGUGCCAAAACAUUGGUUCCUGCAGAAGAGGAGAAUGAGGAUGGAAGAGUGGAGAAAGAGCCCACUGCUACUCAGGAGACAACUAUGCAAGAUGUUCCGUCCGUGCCAAAGAAGAAAAGUGAUCCGAAUAAUAAAGUACUCGGAAACGUGUAUGACGCCUAUGAAGAGCUAAAGGAGGUCCUGCCUUCUUGUGGCUCUGUUUUCUCUACCGCUCUUGAAGAGAUGAAGAAAAAAGAGGAUAAACUGGACACAGUAAACACUGAGCCCACAACAGUGAAACCCGUGGAGAACAAAUAUGAAGAGGAGCACUCAAAAGCCAUUAAACCAAAGGAGAGGAAGACGUAUGACCGUGAAUUCCUGCUUAGCUUACGGUUUACCCCUGCCAGCAUGUGUGAACCUGAGAACUUUCACAUUAUCAAUGCCAUUCUGAAGGAGCCCUCACAGCCGUGUAAGUUUCAGCAGGGUCAGCAAAAAAAGCCGCGCAGGAUCAUCACUGGAGUAUGUCUGAGCAACGACGUGCAGCUGAACAAGGCACAUGAAGCCUGGACUCCGGUGCUGAAAAAGUCCUGCAGCAGCAAUGGUGACCCUGAAAUUGUCAAGACCCAGGAGCUGUUAAGGAAAAUGCGUGGCAUCCUGAACAAAAUGACGCCACAGAUGUUUAAUAAGCUCAUGAAGCAGGUCACAGAGCUGACCAUCGACACAGAAGACCGUCUCAAAGGAGUCGUCGACCUCAUAUUUGAAAAGGCUAUUGCCGAGCCAAUGGCUUCUGUCACUUAUGCCAAUAUGUGCCACUGCCUUAUGAGGCUUAAAGUGCCCAUCUUGGACAAACCAGGAGCCAGUGUGAAUUUCCACAGACUAUUGUUAAUUCGCUGCCAGGAAGAGUUUGAGAAAGACAGGGAUAAUGACAAGUUCUUCAAGCAGAAGGAGCUGGAUGCUACCACAAAGAAUGAAAUUUGUCUGCAGUUUACAGAAGAACUGGAGGAAGAAAAGUCCCAAGUCCAACACCGUUCUGUCGGCAACAUUAAGUUUAUUGGUGAGCUAUUUAAGAUGAAGAUGCUGACGGAGCCCAUCAUGCAUUAUUGCAUUACCGAGCUUCUAAAGAACCAAACUGAGAACAGUCUGGAGUGUCUCUGCAAGCUUCUGACCACCAUCGGCAAGGACCUAGACUUUGAGAAAACUAAGCCGUGUAUGGACCGGUAUUUUCGCCAAAUGGAGAAAAUUAUACAAGAAAAAAAAGCAUCAUCAAGGAUAUGUUUCAUGCUGCAGGAUGUGUUGGACCUGAGAAGAAAUAAUUGGGUUUCCCAGCGAGGUGUCCAGGACCCUAAAACCAUCAACCAGAUCCAUAAAGAGGCAGAACUGGAGGAAAAGAGGGAGCAGAUCAAAGUGCAGCAGCAGCUUCUGUGCAAGAAAGCCUGGAGUCUAGAAAAAGGAGACCUACUGAGUAAGCCUCAGGGCAAGAGCAGCGCCUUAGAUACAUCCCACCUCAAGUUUCAGUCUCAGCAGUGUCAGCACAAAAGACCACACAGGUUCAUCACCAGCUUAUGUCUGAGCAACGACGUGCAGCUGAACAAGGCAGAGGAAGCCUGGACUACGGUGGUGAGAAAGUCCUGCAGCAGCAGCAGUGACCCUGAAAUGGUCAAGACCCAGGAGCUGUUAAGGAAAAUGCGCAGUAUCCUGAACAAAAUGACGCCACAGAUGUUCAAUAAGCUCAUGAAGCAGGUCACAAAGCUGACCAUCGACACAGAGGACCGACUCAAAGGAGUCGUCGACCUUAUAUUUGAAAAGGCUAUUACUGAGCCAAUGGCUUCCGUCACUUAUGCUAACAUGUGCCACUGCCUUAUGAGGCUUAAAGUCUCGACCUCAGACAAACCAGGAGCCAGUGUGAACUUUCACAGCCUGCUGCUGAACCGCUGCCAAGAAGAGUUUGAGAAAGUCAGGGACAAAGACAAGAUUGUCAAGCAGGAGAAGCUGAAUGCUGCCACAGAGGAGGCCUGCCCAAAGAUAAAAGAUAAGCUGGAAGAAGAAAAGUCUCAAUUACACCGCCGUUCUCUAGGCAACAUCAAGUUUAUUGGAGAGCUGUUUAAGCUGAAGAUGGUGACGGAGCCCAUCAUGCAAUACUGCAUCACCAAGCUGCUGAAGAACCAAACUGAGGACAGUCUGGAGUGUCUCUGCAAGCUUCUGACCACCAUCGGCAAGGACCUAAACUUUGAGAAGACUAAGCCCUGUAUGGACCAGUACUUCCACCAAAUGGAGAAAAUUAUACAAGAAAGAAAAAUAUCAUCAAGGAUACGUUUCAUACUGCAAAAUGUGUUGGACCUGAGAAGAAAUAAUUGGGUUCUCCAGCAAGUUGACCAGGACCCUAAAACAAUCAACCAGAUUCAUAAAGAGGCAGAACUGGAGGAAAAGAGGGAGCAGAUCAAAGUGCAGCAGCAGCUUCUGUGCAAGAAAGCCUGGAGUCUAGAAAAAGGGGGCCUAUUGAGUAAGCCUCAGGAUAAGAGCAGCGUCUUGGAUACAUCCCACCUCAAGAGAUGACCAAUCGGAGGUGUUUGAUAAUGUAAGCAGUUUCUUAUCCUGUGCCUAGUACUUUGGAUUUAAAAAAUCAGCUUUUUGACCCUGGAGGAAGGAGAUCAUCAGGCUUUUGUGGUAAAGAAAACAAUGA